AUGCGGCGGGUUACACCAUUCUGUGGUGCCACUGUCGCAUCUGCUGCUUCUUUGCGUACUGCAGGUAUAGUGACACUGACAAGUGCACGCAGCAUCAGCUGGAAUCCGGCAAAGUGGGGAAGUGGCGCUAUUGCAGGACGGGAGUCACAUCAAAAUAUCGAAGAGGAGCUGCCAGAAGUAUUUGCACAGCAGCCAUUAGAAGUAGAUGAUUUUAUUCGUCCAGAAAGAAGUGUCUUUGAGAAACUUGAAGACUUCUGGGAUUGGAUAGUAAGUUUCAUGCAGCCAGUGGAGAAGCAAAUGGAUAUCAUGCGUAGUCUGCGGCAUGAUGGUCUCUUCGGGUUUGACUUUGGAACUUGGGGACAUGUCUUUUUUUUCUAUGGUGUCGUUAUGCGUCUCUUUACACUUAUUCCAUCUCUUUACAGUCACCGUAACGCCCUGAGGAUGGGUCAUAUUGGUCCUCAAAUUUCUGAAAUUACUAAUAGUCAAAGUCGUGCUAAAAAUGAUCGUACACUCAGUAGCGCUGAGAAGCGAGUAAUUAAAGAUGGAUAUAAUCGAAUGAAGUACGCAUUAAUGAAGAAACAUGGUUGUGCACAAUGGAAGAGUUUUUUAACGGCUAUUACUACACCCAUAACAAUGUCUGCCUUCUUUUCCAUUCGUCGUCUUGCAGUGUAUGAAACUGACCUGGAAAUGGCACCUUUUCUAUGGGUUAAAGAUUUAACUAUGCCAGACCCAACGUAUGGAUUACCACUUAUUUGUGCCGGAAUGUUUUUAAUGAAUUUUGAAUUAAACCAAAUGAUGCAGCGGGGUGGACGCAGUUCUAGCGGUAUUUAUAUUCGUUGGGCAGUACGUUUGGGGUCUCUAGUUGGAGUCUACGCGUUUGCCUCACAACCUUCAGCUAUGUUCGCUUACUGGAUUGGUUUAUCAACAGCGGGUCUCUUGCAGCCAUUGUUGCUCCGGUGGCAACCAUUCCGUGACUUUUUUCAAUUCCCAGACCCACCACAGGCGGCUAAAUCACAAAUUAUUACAGAGGUAAGGGGUCCAUCAAUCAUGGAGCGUCUUUUCGCCUCAAAGGAAGAACAAUCACGACGUGAGAAGGAACGACAGAUGUUGCGUGAUGAGCAAAAGAAAAAGAAAUUUGAUAAGGUUGAUGACUAUGAUGAGGUUGUAUUUGAAGAUAACGAUGACCUAAUCAGGUCGAAGAGGAAAGGCUAA